ACUCUAAGAAUUUCGAAUCAAUUUAACUGAUUUUCAAAUUUUGAACAUUCUAUCGGAGUGUUUUAGAAUGUAAUGUGUGAUUCGCUGUUUUUUAUAGUUAUAUUUACAUAUACAAUUACAGUUUAAUUAUGCGUAUUAGAAAAGUUAUCUAAACGGCAAAGAGCAGAAUAAAACAUAAAAACAUGUUUUGUACAUUUUGUACCAUUUAUAUUAGAUUCACAUACGGCUGUAUUUAUUUAUUUCAAGUGUAAAUUUGCAAUGUCAUUAAUAUGAAAGUUUAUUACAUAGCGAUGACUCAAAUUAAUUUUAUUCCAUCAAGAAUUAAUUUCAGUUGAUUGACAAAGAUUUUUUUCUCUCUACAGAAAUUAUAACCAGAACAUGUGUCUCGUGAUAAGUGGCACUUUUGUUAGUACGCAAAUAAUGGAUUACGGUGACAUAGUUUAAUGGAAUCAAUUAGCAGACGAAAUUUUUUUCAAGUUUCCAAUAUCAUGUAUAGCUAUUGAUUAUGGCGCAAUGCUUUCAUUGAAUAUAAAUAUACAGUGAACAUUAUGAUUCCAUAGGCAUUCAUAAAUAUUCAUGAAAUAUGUGAUAUACGUAGUGGAAAGUUAUACUGUUAAAUACAAAUCAUAAUUUGUACCUAUUGCGUCUCAAGUAAAUAAGUCUUGAAAGUAUACUUUCAAUUUAUUUUCAAAUACAGUAAAAUUUGGAUUUACAAUUUUGCUUCAAUAUAUGCAUUUAAAGUAACUGACAGAUUUUGUCUUGCAUGCAUUGCUCGUUCUAAUGAAACUGAAAUGGGAUGUGAUACAAGUAAAACUGAAAGUAAAGACGAUGUUGAAUUCCAAGAAAAUGGCGAGGACUUCUCUGACAAUCAAAUAGACUCAAUAAAGAGCACGUGGCCAUUGCUGUCUCGCAACACACUCACCACUGGAUUAGAAUUAUUUCGUCUGAUAUUUUUGACCGAGCCACAGAUUAAAUCUCUUUUCAUGGAACGAAAAAAUAUACAGGAUGAUGAUAUUCUAAAUGAUCCAAUUUUCAAAGAGCACAUUGAGAAGUUUAUGCAAACGUUAGGACAUGUUGUAGACACAUUAGACACUAAUAGGGAUGAAUCGGAACAGACUUUAUUACUUCUCGGUGCAAAACAUGGAAUGAUAGAAGGGUUUAAAGAGGACUAUUUUUCAGUGUACUCUAGUUGUAUGAUAGAUACUUGGGAAUCGGUAAUUGGAGAGGAAUUCAUAAUCGAGGUGAAAGAAAGCUGGGAGGCUUUGUGUGUUUUUAUAACACGGUUUAUGAGGGAAGGAUACGCUCUUUACCAACAAGAAACUGCAAACACUGAGAGUGACAAUGAAGCAGCAGUAUGAAGAAUUUUGAAAAUGCUUAAAAUGUUAUACGUAUUAAAAUGGCAAGAGGUACUUGUAUUAUUAAAAUUCAAAACAACUGUUGAACAUUUUCUUUAAAACUGUUUUUGUUAGCUACUGGCUGAUACAUAAUGAGGAUACAUUGCUAAUGAUCCCGGAUUUUAUUUAUAAGAACUACAAGGGGCGUUCUAAACAUAAGGGCGCGACUCGAUUAUGGUCAGCCAAUAUGCUGAUAUUAAAGAAGGUAAAAGUGCAUUAUUCUAUUGUACUCUGCAAUCAUUCGGUUCUCAAUGUGUUUUUAUUCUGCAAAAAAGGGAGAUCCAACGAAAGUAAUGAAACACCGCUUGUCGAAUGGGAAAUACUUUUAUGGUGUCGUUCAUUUUAAUUUAUAUUUUUAUUAUGUUUUGUUUUUUAUUUUCAUCUUUUUGUUGAAGUUAUAUGUUAUGAUAAUCAAAUUUUUUCACACAGAAAUUGCUUUAUCACAUUUUUAUUAACUUAAGACAUAUCUUAAUCGAAUUAAACUUGUGUACCUGUACAGUAAUAUAAGAGGGUGAAAUAGUUCUUAGGUAUAAGGACACGGGGAAAGCCAUCUUUACGGCGAACAUUGUGCCUACUGAGUAUUGUUUUAUUAUCUUUUUCAGAAUUUACUCGUGUAUUUUUUAUAUUAUAUGUAAUAACUUUGAUAUAUUAAAUAAACCUAAACAAAAAACAUGAAACU